AUGGAAGACGCCCAGAUGUUCCACGGGAGGGGGUUGCCCCCUGUGACCCUGACCAGUUGUAAUGCACAAACGCCGACUGAGUCUUAUUCGUUUCGAACUGUCCCUGUGUGGAUGAAGGCUAAUGGAAGAAAAGUAAAAAUAAACGCCAUCCUAGACGAUGCAUCGAACGAAACUUUCCUAAACGAAGCGGUUGCUGGGAUACUGGGACUGCAAGAGCCAUUAGAAAAAGUUCAAGUUUAUGUGUUCAAUGACACCGUCGAAACAUUUCAGUCCAUGCCAAUCAAAAUUGAAAUCGAAAGUGUAGAUGGCAGGUUUUCAAAGGAAAUAAGCGCAAAAACGUGUCCGCAGAAAGUCACUGGCAAUUGCAGAGUUGUGAACUGGAACGACCAUCAGAAUAAAUGGCUGAAACUGACCCAGUGCAAUUUUCCCAAGCCGGCAAAUGAUAGACUUGUCGAUCUUUUGAUUGGCAUUGAUAACGCUGAACUCCGUUAUUCGCACGUUGAUCUCCGUGGAAAAAAUGGUGGACCUAUCGCCCGACUCGAACCACUUGGAGAACCUAUAUGGAGCGAGGGAAAAGAAUCCUGUUGUGACGUCGACAACAGCUUAAAGAGAUUCUGGGAAAUCGAGAAGUCUGGCACAGACCGCUAUGGCAGGCUCGUACUCGCCGAAGAAGAAAGACUAGCCCUAGGCAGAAUGAAAGAUCCCCUCAAGUACGAAAAUGGAAGAUAUCGUGAAGCCGUCCCUUGGAAAGAAAACAAACCCAAUCUCCCUGACACUAAACCCAUGGCACUCUCUCGCCUUCGAAGCACCGAGGGAAAUCUGAAGAAAAACAGCCGCGUCGCCGACGAAUAUCAAGCAACCAUUCAGGCCUAUGUUGAAAAGGGAUAUUUACGAAAGGUACCCUCAGAAGAACAGCCGCCAGCUAACGUAUGGUGUUUGCCCCAUUUUCCAGUCGUGAGAAUGGAUAAAUCGACAACGAAAGUUCGAAUCGUAUUUGACUGUGCCGCUAAAUGUGAUGGUAUUUCCUUAAAUGACAUGAUCCAUCCUGGGCCGAAAUUACAGCAAGAUCUUUUCAACGUCCUUGUCCGUUUCCGUCGAAAUCCCGUUGGUGUCGCUUGCGACAUAAAAGAAAUGUAUCUCCAGACAGAGAUUGAGGAGCAGGACCGAUCCCACUUCCGACUUUUUUGGAGAGACUUUGACUCUAACCGAGAACAAGACGUAUUCGAGUUUAGCCGUAUAGUUUUUGGAAAGAAUUGCGCCCCUGUGGAGUCGCAGUUUGUUGCGAAGGAGAACGCUCGAAGAAACCAAGACCGCUAUCCCCUUGCCACUGAGACCAUCCUUAAGUCAACCUUUAUGGAUGAUUCUAUUGACAGUGUUGAAAACGAUGAUGAAGGAAUGGAGCUGUAUCGUCAAUUGAAAGCACUAUGGGGAAUUGCCGGCAUGCAAGCCAGGAAGUGGAUCUCUAAUUCACCGAAAGUUAUUGAAGUGAUUCCGAAAGAAGAGCGCGCCACAGAGAUCGUGAUUAACAGCGGUCAAGAUCCGAUAACUAAGACACUCGGAAUUCGUGGAACAACAACGAAGCGAAACGUCCUGCAUAAAGUAGCAACGAUAUUUGACCCACUGGGAUUUGCAUGCCCAUACAUUAUUGUGGCCAAGAUCCUACUCCAGGAGCUGUGGAUGCGAGGCUACGACUGGGACGACGAAGUUCAAGAUGAAAUAGCAGAAAAAAUCGGGGAUUGGUUGGAGCAGUUGCUACGACGUCCAGAGCCUGUCAAAUCGAAGCACAUUGUGACAUUUGUUGAUGCCUCUCAGCAAGCUUAUGGUGCAGCUGUCUAUAUGCGCUGCGAAUACGAUAACGAUACCGUAACCCGUCGCCUGAUUGCAGCUAAGAGUAAAGUGGCGUCGUUGAACCCGAUGACAGUACCCAGACUGGAACUCAUGGGUGCGAUUUUGGGCCUGCGUUUAACACAGUCCUUGCUGACGGUCUUAGAAGUAACAAUCCAAAGCGUGACAUUCUACUCUGACAGUACAGAUGUCUUAUGGUGGAUUCGAGGGCGCGGAAAAGACUUCUGA